AUGUCUCCCGCUCAAGUUACCAAGAACAGCCAGUCCAAUGGCUCGGAGUACCCAUAUCCUCUUGAACGGGGAACCCAACGCAACGAAGCAGCUACUCGUCUUCGCAAGAUGAUGGUUGAAGCUCACAUCGAUCCAACCAAGAUCGUUCAGCACCCUAUUGCCUGGGAUGGCUUGACUGCCCGUCUUGUCGAGGAAGCUGGAUUCCCCAUGGUCUUUCUCGGUGGUUACGCCGUGAGUGCCUCUCACGGUCUAGCCGACGCCGGUUACCUUGGAUUUGCCGAGAUGGUCCACCGCACCCUUGAGGUCUGCAGAGUCGUUGACGUUCCUGUGAUGGUUGACGGAGAUACUGGUUAUGGUAAUGAAGUCAACGUCAGAAGGACCGUGCAAGGUUACGCAAAGGCCGGUGCAGCGGGCAUCAUGAUUGAAGACCAAGUCAGCCCAAAGCGCUGUGGUCACACCAAGGACAAAAAGGUCAUCAGCUUUGAUGAUGCCAUCUCCAGAAUUCGCGCUGCAGUGGCAGCUCGCAAUGAGGGUGUCGACAUCUUCAUCUUGGCCAGAACAGAUGCCCACAUCAUUUCUUACGAAGAAGCCAUUCGACGGGCCAAGGCAUUCUUCGAUGAGGGCGCUGAUGCUGUCGCCAUCGAGGCUAUCACGUCAGUCGAUGAGAUGAAGCGCUCUCGACAAGACUUGGGACCUAACAUCCCAUCCUUCAUCAACAUUAUUGAAGGUGGAAAGACUCCUUCCAUGUCCUACGAUGACCUCGCGGCGAUGGGCUACUGCAGUGUCGCGUAUCCUUUGACGCUGUUGGCUGCAGGCAUCAAGGCCAUGAGAGGGGCGUUGCAGGGACUUCAGAGGAAGACCGAGUCGCCAGACAUGAUCAUGAGGUUUGAGGACGUGUGCUCUGCGGUGGGCUUUCAGGAGUACUGGGACUUGGCGGAAAAGCUCACGAAGGUUCAAUAG